AUGACAGUAUCUGAAGGUGAUGGUGGUGAGAGCCAUCCUGGAGAGGUUUCGUCCAAAAACGUGCAUCACGUAACUUCCAUGCAAAUUUGGGAAACAAUGCUAGCUCAGGCCAGCACAGACGGCAAGAUUGUGGUUGCAAAUUUUGUUGCAUCUUGGUCUCUUCCUUGCAAAGAAAUAAUGCCAAGCUACUGUCAUCUUGCGGACACAUAUUCUUCUUCCCUUUUGUUUCUCACUGUGGAUGCUGAUCAGCUUGCUGAGUUAAGUACUUCAUGGAGUGUCAAUGCAACUCCAACAUUUUAUUUUCUGAAAGAAGGGAAUCAAGUAGAAAAACUAGUUGGUGCUGACAAGGUAGAGCUUAAGAAGAAGACAGCUUUUGCCGCUGAUUUAGUUACCAAAUCUUGCAAAUGA